ACAAUAAAUCGAAGCUAUCGCUUUAAAUCUUCAAUCUCUGGUAGAGCAGAGAUCAUAAACUGUCAGUGAGAGCCGCGUGGGAAAUCGCACAGUAUCUCAUUUGGGAUUUUCUGUAAUUCAGAACCCUUUACAGUCGGUUGCUCAUAAUUAUUUAUUACACACCAUUCUGUCUACAUAGAUAGGUCUUUCACAAGCACUUAAUAUUGUUUACCAAAGAAAUGGUGAUGGAGAAGCCAAGUCCCCUGCUUGUAGGGCGGGAGUUUGUGAGGCAGUAUUACACACUCUUAAACAAGGCACCAGAUUUUCUGCACAGGUUUUACGGGAGGAAUUCUUCCUACGUUCAUGGAGGACUCGACCCAAGUGGAAAGUUGGCAGAAGCAGUGUAUGGGCAAGCGGAAAUCCACAAGAAGGUCAUGUCGCUGCAGUUUAGUGAAUGCCACACAAAGAUCAGGCACGUGGAUGCUCAUGCCACACUGAGCGAUGGAGUGGUGGUACAAGUCCUCGGAGAACUGUCGAACAAUGGUCAACCCAUGAGGAAGUUCAUGCAAACGUUUGUGCUUGCUCCAGAGGGUUCAGUGGCGAACAAGUUCUACGUCCACAAUGACAUCUUCUGUUAUGAGGAUGAGGUUUUUGGAGACUCCGAAGCUGAGCUUGAGGAGGAAUCGGAGGAGGAGGUUGAAGAGGAGCCAGAGGAGAGGCCGACUUCCCCUGAGCCACUUCAGGAAAGCCCAAACAGCAGCACCUAUUAUGAACCUCAUCCCGUCAGCAACGGAGUUGAAGAGCCCAUGGAAGAACCAGCUCCAGAGCCGGAGCCGGAACCCGAACCAGAGCCCAAGGUAGAGGAGACGAAGCCUGAGGUCGAGGAGAAGGUUCUUGAAGAGAUGGAGGAGAAGGCACCCUCACCAGUCCCUGUGGAGUCUCCACCAAACACCCUGGAGCCUCCCAAGCCUUUCUCCUGGGCCUUGGUGACCAGUAAAAACCUGCCUCCUUCUGGCACAGUCACCUCUUCUGGAAUCUCACCCCAUGUUGUUAAGGCUCCAAGCUCACAGCCCAGAGCCGAUGCAAAGCCGGAGACACAGACGGCACCUCUUCGCCCCAGAGACCAGCGCACUCGCGACAGACCAACCUUCACUCCACGGGGUCCCAGAUCUGAUGGCGUUGCAUCUUCAGACUCUCAAACAGGAAAACAGCACUUGAGUUUUGUGAACAAAGGUAGCAGGGGCGAUUCAGAGUCUGGUGACAUGGAUAGCAGGCGAAUCGUUCGGUACCCUGACAGCCACCAGCUUUUUGUUGGCAAUCUUCCACAUGACAUUGAUGAAAACGAGCUCAAAGAAUUUUUUAUGACAUAUGGAACUGUGGUGGAACUGCGAAUCAACACCAAGGGCGUUGGCGGGAAGUUGCCUAACUUUGGAUUUGUUGUCUUUGACGACUCGGAGCCUGUGCAGAGAAUCCUGGGGGCCAAGGUAGAAGGGCCCAUCAUGUUUCGAGGCGAGGUGCGUCUGAACGUGGAGGAGAAGAAGACGAGAGCAGUGCGUGAACGAGAGACCCGUGGGGGAGACGACCGUCGGGACAUGAGGCGCAACGAUCGGGGUGCUGGAGGUUCACGAGGCGUCGUGGGAAGCGGGAUGAUGCGUGAUGGAAGGGGACCGCCGCCUCGUGGUAGCAUGGCCCCCAAACCCGGCAUGGGCUCUGGAAGAGGCUCCAGUGGCCAGGGAGAGGGCCGCUUCACGACCCCUCGUCGCUGAAAAGAGCACCCCUCCCCCCUUCAAGUGUGGAAGUAGUAUCGUGUUCUUCAUCUUCAACCGUUCUCGUUAACGAAAAGAAAUCUUCAUGUAUAAAAGUAUAUAUUUGUUUUUGUUUGUUUUGUUUUUUUUUUUAAUUUUUUUGUUCCCUCUUUGCUUUGGAAUGUGACACAGCCUGUCAACCAUUUGUUUGUGAAAUAGACAAAAACAAAAUAAGCAAACAAAAAAAUGUCGCUUAUUAGUUGUGAGCUGAGCAUCCUUUUCAGGUUUCUCAAGAAUUCGCAGACUUUAAUUUGUAAAUUUGCGAGAAGAAGAAGAAGAAGGAGAAAAAAAGGCAAACCAACCAGGAGUAAUCUGCCACAUUAGGAGGGACUGAUGAGACUUAACCACAAUAAUACAGCCCAUCAAAAGAGAUUAUAUAUGCCUUGACUUAACUGGGGCGCUGCUUCAAGAAAUCCCCUCUAUUGCACAUUUUAUAUGGUAUGGUUUUCUGCCCGUAACAGGUCGAGAAGAGUGAGAUGCAAAGUUCUGUGCAGUUCCUGGGGGGGGGAAGCUUGCCUUUUACUUUUUUCUUUUUUGAGAGACCACUGCUUCAAAAUUGCAUAAUGCUCUCAUCAAUAUGCACUAAUGGGUACUUUUGUCAUGUUACGUUGACAUCCAUGCUCGGAACGCAGCUGGAGAGACCUGUUUUGUCUCAAAGCGAUACGACUUAACCGGGGCAGGCCUCACUCGCAGCCCGUCGGCUGUGACCAAUGUACUUUUCACACUUUUGACCCAAAACAACCUUUCAAUUACUGCUGGAUGGACAAGAUAAGCAAAUCUACAUGACACUUUUCUCUCAUUUAUGAAUCAAAAAAAAUCCUCUAAUCCUGGACUUACACCCAAUGAGUGAGGAAACAAAGGAUAAAUGAGAAACAAAGCUGAACAAUAGAAGAGUAGUAAUGAUGGCGGCUUGCUCUUGUUUUUUUUUUUGUUUUUUUUUCCCUUUUGAUUCUGAGUGUUUAGUUUUUUCUUCUUUUUUUCUUUUCUUUUUUUAAGUCCUGCCAGCUAGACUGCGAAACUGGGAUGGUCAACACCUCUCUCCCUCUUCCCUCCCUUCCUGUCUUAAGUGCGGAGUAAUUGAAUAAAUGUACAGCAAAAAUCAUAGUUUACUGUAUGUUUCGCUUUUCUGUGUAUAUUCAUUUCUCUCUCGACUUGAUAAAAGCAUGAUGGUGCCUUCUCUUUCACCUUUUCCAGUCUUACUAAAGCUAAAAGUGGUUUGGGGCUGCUACACAGCUGCUCUUUUCUUUCUUUUUUUGAACUGGUAUCUGCUGAGAGCAGAUUUUGAAAAAAAAAAUACUUGCAGUAUUCAUAAGAUUUGUUUUUCAGGUGCAUAUUUCAUUUUCCAUACUGUUUUAUUACUACAGAUAAUCUGCUGUGAGUUUUGUACAUUUGUUGUAAUUGUGUGUCGUGGGUUUUGUAGAGACAAUAGGUGCCUCAUGCUCUGUUUUGUUAAAACAGCAAAGAGGUGCAGCCCCACAUCUGAAGAACUUCACCCUCCAAAAAAAAACAAAAGGUACAUUAAAAAUGGUGGCAGUGAAUUCUUGGUCUUUUGGUUUAACAGGUCAUAGCUCCGCACGACCACGAUUUCAUUGAACUGACGCUUUGGCGAUGUCUCAGAAUAAAAUUCAGACACUGGCCGUAGUUUUGAUCGACUCAUGGCAGCAAUCGGGUUGACCCCUGGACUCACAAGUUGUCAGACUGUUGUUUUAUUUUUUUCCUCAGCAACAAUUUUUGUAAAGAUCUGUAUGCGUGGGGCUCGUCGGUCCCCUCCAGCCUACAGACGAGCAAAUAACUGCACUCACUUUUCUAGCGUUAAAACAUUUGUAUUUUCAUAUGCUGAUUAUUCACUGUGCAUAUUUUAUUGAGUUAUCUGAAUGCCAUACAUGUCAGCUCCUCCUUGUCCAUUAGCAUGUUUUGUCUUUUUUUUUUUUUUUUUUUUUUUUUUUUAACCUGUAAGGGAGGGAAGACCUUUUGGUUUCAGCUGGAAAGGAAAACGUGUUUUGUCUUUUUUCUUUUGUUAUCUUGCACUGAAACGGGAAGUAAAAUGAUGAUGUAGCAUUUUUCUUGACAAACAUACUAAUGAGGUCUUCCUUGUCUGGUGGUAUUGCACUAUUUCCAACAUUUCUGGGACAAUCUCGUCAGUCUCAACACAACAACCUCUCCAAAUUUCUUAUCUGGCUACAAAAAAGAAAUUGCUCCUCGUAAUUAGUGUGAAAUGUCUCCUUCUCACUCGCAGUUGAAACAAGACGUGGUAAAUAAGUAUGGUAUAGUCGAGGUAGAUUUUCACAGUCAUGCUUGGUAAUUUUGUGGUAUGUUUUCAGAUGUGGAAAUAGCUUUUAAACUUUAAACUUGGCAACAGCUUUUGACCUAACAUUGCAGAAAAAUGACAGCUCUUUGGUCCUCGAGUGCCUCAACCCACCCACCCCCCUCCCCACCAAAUGUCUAUUUGUCAGGUAAUUGCUUAACGCGGGCACUUGACUGCAAUCAUACUUUUUACAGCAACGGUCAAUGAAGAGAGUGGUGAAGAAGAGCCAUCAUGCUUUCAAACCGAUCUCGUGCUUUCUCCAUGUCAGUGGUGGUAAAACGUUUGAAGGUAGAAAUUUAUAGAUGGGUAAUUCUUCUUUUCUUGCUGAGGUCUUUAACGACACAUCCCUCUCGAAACUUUAAAGGAUCCUCGAAAGGAAAAAGGAAGAAAAAAAGUAUUAAUUUAUUUUUCUGUGAUUUAAAAGUGCAGUUAAUGGAUCCUCAUUGUAAAUCAUUCCAACCCUUUCUUUUUUUUGAAUGGAAGUAGAUUAUCUUCUUGGCUUUAGCAAGUGUGGUAAACAUUUGGCUGCCAUCUUCAUUUUACUGUGUUUACCCUUGUUGCUAUUACAAAACUGUUGUAGGUGGAGACUUUUUUCUUUCUUUUUUUUAAAGUUUAGGUCCUUAUUUUAUUUUUCUUUCUUCCUUUCCAUUUUGAAUGUGUUGGACUUAACAUACAAUAAACUACUGAUAACAUCA